AUGGCUUUGGUCAACCUUUCUCUUAUUGGCAUUGUUAACCUCAUAAUUGUUCUGACUUCCACCGAGGCGAGGAUCUUGGGCGUGUACAACGAUAGUGUAUGGGAAAGCAUGCACAUGAUGUUGUACGGCGACAAGAACAUGUUAGGGAAAAUAGGUAGCGCAUGCAAGUACAAUAACUUAUACAACCAAGGGUAUGAUGUGAACACAACAACAUUGUUCAAUAACAGGUUGUGUUGCAGGGUGUGCUUCGAGAUAAAGUGUGUGAAUGACCCCAGUUGGAGCCACUUGGUAGGAUCUAGUGAAAGGGAGGCUAAUGCGAGGAUGUUUGGACAAACAGAUCUAGUGAAGGGGAGGUUGGUGGUGGCUGUAACGCCCUGA